GCUCAGCUGCUGCAGCCAGGGACAUUCAUACUCCAGCAGCUGAGCUCACAUUAAUCACUAUAAUGAUGACAACUAAGAGACUAGACAAUUUUGAGGUGAUGUGUGAGUGGGAUUCAUGCGACUUCAGGGGCUGCACCGUGGAGGAGCUCAGCGAUCAUAUGGCUCUGCAUUUAAAGGACUACCUGGGAGACAACGACGCCUUAGAGGAGCUUGACGAGUAUGCUUGUCUCUGGAAAGGGUGUCAAUUUCUAGCCAUGGGCUGCCCUGCGGAGCUGGAGGUCCACGCUCACUUCCACAACUAUCACGGUAAGCUGAAGUUCGUCGGGGCGAGGCUUCUCAAGUCCCGCCCCGACCUACCCAGCUGCAACGAAGGUCUGCACAGCAGCAACCUGGUUCCCGAAGGGUCGGAUGGAUACGUCUGCCAAUGGGAACACUGUGAUAGUACAUUUAACAAUCCUGAGUGGUUUUACCGACACGUGGACAAUCACGUUGAAAGUGCUGAGCCACAGUCCCUCCCUCAUCAGCAGCAGACUUUCUUAUGCCCCUGGACAGGCUGCGAUGCUUCCUUCAAAAUCCGAUACCGUCUGAGGGAGCACAUGCGGAGCCACACUCAGGAGAGAUUGGUGGCUUGCCCGACGUGUGGCAACAUGUUCUCCAGCAACACUAAGUUGUUCGACCACCUGCACAGGCAGGCCGAGCCAAUAGAUUCACUGGUGUGUGAACAUUGUGGCAAAGCUUUUUCCAACGAGAGGCUGUUGAGGGAUCAUGUUCGUCAGCAUGUGAACCAGGUGAAGUGUCCCUUCUGUGACAUGACCUGCACCACUUUGGCAGCUCUGAAGAUCCACAUCAGAUUUCGCCACUGUGACGAGCGGCCCUUCCCGUGCGACUUCUGCGACAAGAGAUUUAAGAACCAGCGCGACCUGCAGAAGCACACCGAGGUUCACAAUGAGGGCACCGUGUAUCACUGUACAGUGGAGGGCUGUGAUUAUUCCUGUCACACAUUUCCAACCAUGAGCUACCACUACAAGAGAGCGCACCAGGUCGGAGGGAUAUCCAAAUAUAAAUGCCAUAUCUGUGAUAAGGUCUUCUCCUGGUGUUACACUCUCACACUUCACCUCCGCAAGAAGCACGAGCUCAAAUGGCCGUCUGGACAUUCCCGCUUUCGUUACAGAAAAGACGUAGACGGCUUCCUAAAAGUGAACAUGGUGCGGUUUGAGACUGUGGAAGUGACGAAUGAGAUCAUGAAGAACAUGGCCAAAAAGCCGCAGAGCCUUCGGAAAAGUCAGAGAACGAAGAGGGCUGCCGUCCCACCGGAGAGCAGCCGGAGCUCCCCCGCAGGGUCCUCCUCGCCCUCCUCCAGCUCCUCCUCCUCGUACGGCUCGGAUCUCUCUGGAGCGGAGGACGUCUCGUCUCAGCCGAGCCCCCGAGGAAGCGACUCUCCGGUCUACUGCGUGAUGAGCACCAUCCCUCUCAUCGAGGAGGAGCCUGGGGGGUCGUCGCAGGAGGACUGUGACGGCAGCGGGACGUCGGGGGCGGUGCAGGCCCUGACGGAGGUGGCGAGGGGCCUGGGCAUGGACGUGGUGUGACCCCUGCCUGCUCCACUGCACCAUGCGCUAUUUGUUGCUGUGUGAGGGCCAUCAGGGACCAGAACUGUUUUAUACCCAAAGCUUUCGCGUGGUCUCAAGAGCUUUUAGUGUGGUUUUAUUUACCUUUUAGGAGGGCCCAUUUUCAUUAUUACCUACAAUGCCUUGGCUUUGUGAUGCUUCCUAUCUAAGGGAUGCCGGUUAAUGUUUCUGACCAAGUUGACAUGAAUGAGAAUAACUGGAAGCACUAUGAAGUUAGUUCCUUAUACAUGUAAUUCUUAACACACCUUGUUCCACAGUGUGCUCCAUGCCCGACAGAGGCUUUCAGAAGACAUUAUUUUUUGAUGUAUUGUUUUAAUGCUGCUUGAAUUUAUUGUUACAAAUUUGAAAUACAUUUUU